CUAAUGUCGUGCAAGAGUCAUUGUCCGAGAAAAGAAAGGAGAAGGUGAACAAGGAGUGACUCGAGAAAAUUUACGCAUUGGAAGGACAUGGCUGGGGCAUGGGCAACUUCCACUUCUCAAAACGCAACCUCCAUUUCCGAGGUGGAUCCCACCGAUCACCUCCCGCUGUCCCUCCUUAGAUCUGAGCUCAUCCCGCCUGCUCCUAAUCGAUCCGAAUCCGCCAUAGACUGGUUACCUGACUUUGCCGGUUACUCAUGGGCAGCUUACGGAUCCUCCUCCCUUCUCGUGAUCUCUCACUUCCCUUCUCCUCUCUCCACCGAACAAACUCGUAUGGGCUCAAUUUUCCGUCAAGUCUUCGAGAUCUCUUCUGUCGCUUCUUCCCCUGUUACCGCCGUUUCGUGGUCUCCGGUCACGCCUUCUUCUGGCGAGCUCGCAGUGACCUCGGAUAAUUGCAUUUGCUUGUUCUCUCACGACUCAGCGACGCCCAAUCCCAAAGGUUCUUUUUGUUGGAGCCAGAAUGCAGUACUUUUACAGUCUACUAAAGUUGAGGCAGUUGGAUGGACGGCUUCUGGGGAUGGGCUAAUAGCCGGUGGACUGGAGGUUGUUUUGUGGAAAAGGAAGAGUAAAUCUUGGGAAAUAGCUUGGAAAUUCAAAGCAGAUCAGCCUCAGAAUAUGGUUUCUGCCUCCUGGUCAAUAGAAGGCCCUUCCGCAGCUGCAUCUUCUUCAAAGGAUUUGCAAAUUGAAGGAGUCAAUGAGGCAAGCAAGUCUGUUUUGGUAUUUUACAGUGAUGGAAGUUCUGGAUUUGCAAAAACUGUGCUAGGCCAUCCUCAACCUGUUUCAAUGCUUCAAUGGAGGCCAUCGGCAGGGAAACAACUGUUGAGAGAUGGAAAACAUUUGCGGAGACAUAUAUUGUUAACAUGCUGUUUAGAUGGAACUAUAAGAUUAUGGAGUGAGAUAGACAAUGUUAGAGUUAAGAAAGCAGGCAGUGUUUACGAUCAGAAAACUACAAGGAGGUCAUUUUGUGUUGCUGCUGUAAUUGAGAUAGAUAAUGCAUUACGUGGAACUUUGGGAGCAGAUAUAUCUUUUACAUGGGCAAUGGAAAUUGGUGGCAUGGUUAAAACCACUGAAGAAACUAACCAAUACUUCUUUAGAGAAGAACAUAAGAAUGAAGUUGGCAGCUGCGAGUGGUUAAUAGGGUUUGGCCCUGGAAAAUUGGUUACUUUCUGGGCAAUCCAUUGUCUUGAUGACAUAUCACCAAUGAGGUUCCCCCGGGUUACAUUGUGGAAGAGACUGGAGCUUCAGGGCCUUGAAGUUGAACAUCUUAAUAGAAAUGGACUUUCAACUCUAAAGCAACAAUUGCUUCUUAAAAAGGUUGUUAUCAUGAGAAAUUGUGCGUCUGGACCCCCAACUGUAUGCUCUUCUAUCCAUUUAUAUCCGUGUAAAUAUUUGGCCUGGUCCAUGUUAUAUACCCAAAUGAUAAAUGAUACAGAGAAUGCACCUCCUAGUGAAUCUAGGACUGAAAAUUUAUUAUCAUGUUCAGUAGAAGGAAUUUUAGAUAUAGAUGGUCAUACCAGUAGAAUCUUACAAGUUGCUAUACACCCCUAUGUUUGUGAAGUUGAUUUCGUUGUUUCUUUGGAUUCUAAUGGGCUACUUCUGUUUUGGUCACUUUCUAACAAUUCGAAUGCCAUUCUUGACCUUCCAACAUUGAUUCCUGCAUGGAGAAUUAGUGGAAAGCAUGUAACCCACGGUAAAUGUUCUAAAUAUUCAAGCUUGAAUUGGGCACCUUUAGUAUUGGGUGAAGAUCGGUUUCUUCUUCUGGGACAUGUUGGAGGAAUUGACUGCUUUGCAGUAAAGAAUUUUCAUGGUGAAGGAGAUGGCAUAGAAUGUUACUUCAUAUGCACUAUACCUUUUGCAGGUCAUGAUCCUUAUGAGGAUGGUCCAACCAACAUAUAUACAGUACCAUUGUCUUUGUCUCGUAAUGAAACUUAUAUGUGUGAUGGAUUUUUACUUUUGGGCAUUUGGAUGAAAGUAUUUCGGGCUCUUUCCUGGGAAAUAACCAUGCAUGCUUAUGAUCUGACAAGAAGCUGCUCUGAAUGUAAUUUCAAUGAUGAUAAUAUUGUUGAAUGCAACGCAAGGAAAUUUGAAAAAACUAUUUCUGGCACAAGAUAUUGUCUUCACGUUAUUCCAUCAUCAGCACAGUUGCCUGAACCUCAUCUUCAUGAUCAGGUCACAAGUUUUGCUGUGAUCUCUCCUGGUGGUUUGACACCUGUGCAGCAAAAGUUACCUUUUCAUAAAGAUUCCUUAAGUUGUAGAAGUCCUGCAUAUGUUAUGGCCACAGGCUGCUCUGAUGGUAGUAUAAAAUUGUGGAGAUGUAGCCCCAAUGAACCAUCAAUUUCUCACAAAUCAUGGGAACUUGUGGGCAUGUUUAGUGCACAUCAAGGACCUGUCACUGCUAUACGAUUGACCAGUUGUGGUAGGAAGAUUGCAACCACUGGCUCAGAUAGUCCGUCAAAUACUGUCUUCAGUCUUCGUAUAUGGGACUCUAUACGCCUACCAGACUCGGGGACUUUUAUGUUAGAAGACACAUUGUCACUUGAUGAAGACGUUGUUGUUUUAAAUUGGUUAGCCCUAGGAAAUGGUCAGUUAUUACUUGCAGUUUGCAUGCGCAAUGAGUUGCGUGUAUAUGCUCAGAAGCGAUGUGGUGGUCAUGCUUUGUUAGACUCUAAACAAUCUCCGGGUGUGCAAUUCUGGUUUUGCAUCGGGAUCAGUCAUACUUUUUCUGCUAUUCAUGAUUUCUUGUGGGGCCCCAGGACUACAGGUGUGGUUGUGCAUGCUAGUUACUUGAGUCUUUUAAGUCCAUGGCUGUUUCUUUUAGAUAACAAACAUCAGACUGAUUUCUAUAAAAAAUUUAACCCAGAAAGCCUUCUUGAUUCUGAUAUUGAUAUGGGCAAGGACACAUUUUCUGAAAUUUUUAGUGAUCAUGAUGUUGUUAAUCACAAAGAAACAUUAAUUGCAAAUAGUAAUGGAGGAUGCAAGUCCGACCUUCUUAAGAAGAUAAAUACCAACAAUGGUCACCUAUCCAGUGCAUUUUUAGUGGGAAGGGGUCAAAUAAAAUGCAAGUCAAAGAUUUUACUCGGUUACUGGAGUAUGCUAGACAUAGUGGAGACAUUAGCCAGAGUUUUGCCUGUUUAUCACCCGGAGUCACUCUUUGCAAAUAUAUAUUCAGGCAAUUGGAAACGUGCAUACAUCUCUGUGAAGCAUCUGGUUGAAUAUCUUAGUUCCAGUCAUAUUUCCGAGAAGAGAGGUCACCAUCCAAAGAUCAGUGACAUUGUUCCGCAGAUGCCUUUAUCUGAUUACAUUGAAGGGAUUCUCUCCAAAAGUUCAACUGGUAAUGCAUUCCAAUGGAAUGAGAAUGCUACUUCGAUGACAUUGUCUUCACAAUUUCAAAGUGGCUUGGUGCCGUUUGCUUAUAAUUUUGAGCCUAAUGCUUCCAGCAACGCAUUCAGCUCGUCUUCAACAAAAUCUGGACUUAUUGACUUCCUUGAACCAAUCAAUAAGUUGCAUGAGUUGGCAGCUAUAACUGCCACAGAGAAGAUGCAGAUUCUUGCAAUCGUAGAUCUUCUAAAUGAAGUUAGCAAUCCACAGUCUGCUUCUGUUUAUGAAAAUCUUGAUGAUCCAGGUCGAAGGUUUUGGGUCACAUUAAGGUUUCAGCAGCUGCUUUUUUUGCAAAGGUUUGGUAGAUCAGCAUCUUUGGAAGAUCUUGUGGUUGACUCAGGGCUUAUAGCAUGGGCAUUCCACUCCGAUUGCCAGGAAACUCUGUUUGGUUCAUUUCUACCAAAUGAACCAUCUUGGCCAGCAAUGCGGACGUUGGGCAUUGGAUUUUGGUUUACUAAUGCAACUCAACUGCGCACAAGGAUGGAAAAGCUGGCUAGAAUGCAAUAUCUUAAGAAGAAAGAUCCCAAGGAUUGUACACUGCUGUAUGUAGCAUUAAAUAGACUUCAGGUUUUGGCUGGUCUAUUUAAAAUUAGCAAGGAUGAGAAGGAUAAACCAUUGGUUGGAUUUCUUUCACGCAAUUUUCAGGAGGAGAAAAAUAAGGCGGCAGCUUUGAAAAAUGCUUAUGUCUUGAUGGGGAGACAUCAACUAGAGUUGGCUAUUGCUUUUUUUCUGCUUGGAGGUGAUACUUCUUCUGCAGUUACUGUUUGUGCAAAGAACCUUGGGGAUGAGCAGCUAGCACUAGUAAUAUGUAGACUUGUCGAGGGGCGAGGUGGACCAUUAGAGCGUCACUUGAUUACUAAGCUUAUACUUCCAUCUGCAAUUGAGAGAAGUGACUAUUGGCUUGCAAGCCUUCUAGAGUGGGAAUUGGGGAACUACUCUCAAUCUUUCCUGACCAUGCUUGGUUUACAAGUGGGUUCUGCUAUUGGUUCAUCCACUCUUUCAUCCUGCCAUGUUGCUUUCAUGGACCCCAGUAGAGGUCUGUAUUGCCUCAUGCUUGCAAACAAAACUAGCCUGAGAAAUGCUGCAGGGGACCAGAAUGCUGGAGUUCUUGCUAGAUGGGCAUCUUUGAUGACUGCUACUUCCUUGAACAGAUGUGGGCUUCCUCUUGAAGCCUUGGAGUGCCUUUCAUCUUCCCUGAGUAUUCUGGGGGGUAUGAAUCAAGAGAAUGUAUCAGAUUUUGCAUGUUCUAAAACUUCACUGGGAAUUUUGAAACCUUCUAUUGGUGGUUCCUCUCCUUGGCUCUUGGGUGGUGUUGCUUCUCAUCUUGAGUCAUAUGCUAAAUUUGAUUUGGCCCUCCAGUAUAUCUCAAAAUUGAUGAGGGAGCAUCCUAGUUGGCCUAGAACCUCCUUUGGAUCUGUUAGAACAAACACAUGUUCUGAGGAUUAUGAGAAUCAAUAUGAUGAACUACUUGAAAAUUUUCACCAUAAGUUGCACACAGGACUUGCACAGUUUGAGCAUAAGUUCUCGUUGGUUUCAUCCUAUCUAAUUAAUAUGAUUUUUGUCACCUUAUGCAAUAAUGGGUUCUGGUUCCUUGGAUAUGAUAUGUUACAUGGAUUUUGUCAUGAACACUCCCAGCAUGAGAAUCAUAUGGAUGACAAUGCCGUUUGGUAUCCUCUUUUCCACAAGCCACUUUUGAAGUUGACUGAGGAUAUCUCCUCUUUGUUUUCGCAUUUUCUUGCUGUCUGCAGCACAACAUGGUCCCCAUCAAAAUUAUGUUAUAGAGAAAAUGGUAUAUCCCAUGAAGGUAGAUCCAACUCUGGAGAUACCUGGGGGUUUUAUUUUCAAGGGGUCAAACUCUCACUGUCGAGUUUAAGAGCAGCUAUGAGGAUCUUCUCUGGCAUCUUCAAAGAGGUCAUGUCCCCAAAACUUCUCACCCUUCUUGAUUUGUAUGAAUUUUAUGCAAAUUUUGCAUCUGCUUGGCUUCAGAAAAAUUCAGAAGGUUUAGUUUUGAUGAUGCAACCUCUCAUAGUUACAUAUACUAGUGGGCAUACUCCUUAUGAAGUUGAUAUGACGGCUUUGAAGGAAACGUUAAACCAGGUUCCAGAUACAGUGACUGAUGUUUUAAUAGAUGGCCUUGAGGUUGAUAGAUGUGCUGAGGAAAAACAAGUUGGAGAGCUAUUGAAUUUGAUUCCAGAGGAUGAGAGAUGGCAUAUUAUAGGGGCUUUUCUGUGGCAACACAUGUCCAGAUUCAUGAAACAUAAGUUGAACUCAUUAGCCAUUUCUGAUGACAGUUAUCUUUCUGGCUUUUCCAAUGAUAAACUUUCUUCUUGUGCUCCUUUAUCAUUGGAUGUUGGAUUAGGUAACAGAAGCAUAAGAGAAAACAUUAGGUCAGCAUCAUGGAUAUUAGCCAACUUACUGAAAAUUGCCCUUGAACAUAUUUCUUCUCACCAUGUGAAGCAACUUGGGUUGUUCUUGCAGCAGAAAAUAGAUAAUGGAUUUAACCCUCCUACUCUUGGUUGGUUGGAGGAGUAUAGAUCGUCUUCUAGGACUCUACAGCAGCAUCUGGGUCAGACUAAAGAUACAAACAGCACAAAUCAGCUUUCUGCUUCUGAUAUCUUAUGGAAUAUGUGUGCUGAUCCUACUAUGAUAUCAGAAAGUUUUGCACAAGAGAAAGUAAAUUGGUCAAGUUUUCUUCAUUUUAAGCCUUGCAGAGGAUGGGAUGAUUUAUACAAAGACAUUAGGAGGGAGAAUGAAACUGAUGAGUCCCAAAAUCAUGAAGGCAAAAUAAGCAAUAGCUCUUCUGGUGGUGAAGCUGGAUCACCUUCUAGGAGUGUGUUAUGGAACGGCCAUGCUUUUUUAAGUUCCUGGCAGAAAGGAACAAGCACGGAAAAGGAGGUCAUACCUUUCCAAAACCCUAAAGAAAUAUAUAAGAGAAAUGGGGAGCUUCUAGAGGCAUUGUGUGUCAACUCCAUUAAUCAAAGGCAAGCUGCAUUGGCUAGCAACCGAAAGGGCAUAAUUUUCUUUAACUGGGAAGAUGGUAUACCUUACAAAGGCCAAUCAGAUUAUAUCUGGUCUGGUGCAGAUUGGCCACACAAUGGUUGGGCUGGUUGUGAAUCAACCCCAGUUCCAACCUGUGUAUCUCCUGGUGUUGGUCUUGGUAAUCAGAAAGGGGCUCACCUAGGACUGGGUGGAGCAACCAUUGGUGUGGAUACUUUUUCUAGACCAGGGAGACACCUAACAGGUGGUGGAGCAUUUGGAAUUCCAGGUUAUGCUGGUAUCGGAGCCUCUGGCUUAGGCUGGGAGACACAAGAGGAUUUUGAGGAGUUUGUUGAUCUGCCUGCCACUGUGGAAAACAUCAGUACGAGGUCUUUCUCUAGUCAUCCCUCAAGGCCUUUAUUCCUGGUUGGUUCUAUCAAUACACAUAUUUACUUAUGGGAGUUUGGGAAGGAUAAAGCAACAGCAACUUAUGGAGUGCUGCCUGCUGCAAAUGUUGCUCCACCUUAUGCUCUUGCCUCAAUAUCAGCUUUGCAGUUUGACCGUUGUGGACACAGAUUUGUUACUGCUGCUCUUGAUGGAACUGUUUGCACGUGGCAACUAGAGGUGGGAGGCAGGAGCAAUAUCCGUCCAACCGAAUCAUCUCUCUGCUUUAAUAACCAUGCAUCGGAUGUCACUUACAUUACUUCAAGUGGAUCUGUCAUUGCUGCUGCUGGAUGUAGCUCCAAUGGUGUUAAUGUGGUUAUAUGGGAUACAUUGGCUCCGUCUGCAACCUCUCGAGCUUCCAUUGUUUGCCAUGAAGGUGGUGCCCGCUCCAUUGCAGUGUUUGACAAUGACAUCGGAAGUGGUUCUGUUUCUCCCCUAAUAGUAACCGGUGGUAAAAAUGGUGAUGUUGGACUUCAUGACUUCCGGUACAUAGCUACUGGAAGGACUAAAAGGCACAGGCACCAUGAUAGUGUUGAAAUAAGCAUCAACACAUCUUCUAAUGCUGACAUGAAAACAGGAGCUAGUAAACAACGAGACCAAAAUCAUGGUGGGAUGCUUUGGUACAUACCAAAGGCUCACUUAGGUAGCAUCACCAAAAUUUCUACCAUCCCAAAUACCAGUUUGUUCUUAACGGGAAGCAAAGAUGGAGAUGUUAAACUUUGGGAUGCCAAAGCAGCCAAACUGGUUCAUCAUUGGUCAAAAUUGCAUGAAAGGCACACCUUUUUGCAACCAAGUUCCCGUGGUUUCGGUGGCGUUGUGCGGGCUGCUGUUACUGAUAUUCAAGUUGUGUCACAUGGUUUUCUUUCAUGUGGUGGAGAUGGCUCUGUAAAACUGGUUCAACUCAAUGAUUAACGAUUUGUGACGUGGCAUCAAGAUGAAACUUAUUCGAGUCCAAAAGCAGUUAAGGUGAACAAAAGCUGGUCUUUUGUUCUUUCAGAACAGUGAAAAGAAAAGCUGCGUUUCAUGAUCUUGGUUGAUAUUAUGAGCUCAGUGCCUUUGGUAUCUCUUGCACUCACUUGGCAUCACCAACAUAUUUCCUGCUGAGUUGUUAAUCGCCGGCAAUGAAAACCAAAAUCAUCAGGGAAAGAGAAAAACUGUCUGCUAAAGUCAUUCAAUCUCUCUUCCAUUGAGCUUUACUCUCUGAAAAAAAAAAUUCCCCUUGGUGAGACAAAUGCUGAAUGUGAGGCUCCAAUUGUGGGUUCACAGUUCAAUUUUUGUUUCUAUACAUCUUUUUAAGUUUUCUGGCUGGCGGAGUGUUGUAGAUAGUCCACUCUGUUUUCUCUACGUGGUUCCGAUCUGGGUUUUCUCGGGUUCGGUUUUAUUUGGUACCCUGGAUAGAUUUUGGUGUGAUUUUGCAGUAUAUAUAUGAGAGAGAAGAGUAGCGAGUCUUAAUUCUUGUAAAUGUACUUGCAUAUAAGGAACUAUUUCAAAGUGGUGAUAUUUAUAUACUCUUAA